AUCUUGUGGGCACUUGGGUAGGUGGAGGAAGUUAGACCAGGAAAGAUGCUCAGAUUCUACCGCAACACCAAUGGCACUGAAUGGUGGGAGAAGUGGGGUCAGACUAGAUCUAACAGUAAAAAUUUUGACGGUGUUAAAUUGAAUAUCUAAGUUUGGGGACACUGCUGUUUUUUCUGGGUCCUAGCUCAUGUAGGAGUACAGGGGAAUGAAGAAGCUGAUAAGACAGCAAAAAGAGAUGUCAACAGGAAUUAGAUAUGGAAGUACCGCAUGGAAGGGUUGAGUGUAAGAUCUUAAUACAACAAGGAAUAGCAAAGUCAAGGCAAAAAUAAUGGAAGGAGGGAAACAAAGGUAGGUUUUAUUUUUCAAUACAGCCAACACUGACACACAUGUCAAACAGGCCUACAAGAAUGGGCAGGAAGGACAAUCUGAUAAUAACUAGGCUGAGACUGGGUCACUGUGCCCUGAAACAUGGGCUGGCACUGGUUUGUUGGAAAAUGCAUCUGUGGAGAGGCAGAAACUGUGAAUCAUACUUUGAUGCAAUACACCAACUAUCACACAGACAGAAGCCUCACGCAAGCAGAGCGGUCAGAAAUUGGAGUUACAGAUCAUUCAUUAAAAUCAAUAUUCAUCGUGGAACACUGUGAAACAACAAAAACUGUAAUUUAAUCCAUCGCACUGGACUCUACUUUAGGAUUUAACUAAUUCAAUGGAUUUCUAUAAAUGACCUGUGGAGGGUAGCAAGACGCCUUUGCUCCGUCUAGUCUGCCGCAAUUUCAUCAGAAGAAGAAGAAGAAGAACUAUGACGUCAAAGCAAAGGCGGGUGUUUUAAAACAGAAAGAGGACCGCUGCAGAGCUCUCGUUCUCUCUGUACUUCCGUACGUCAUCGGCGGUUUAAUCGCGCAGUUUUUGGUAUACUACAUCAACGACUUUCACCUCACCAUCAAAGUUGCUGAUAUUCAUCUGCAAGCAUCACGAUGGGAUUUAAGUUGAAGGCCAAAAAUGGUGGACCAAUGGACAAAUUUGUCAAGAAAAUGACAGGUGACCAGAAUGGGGAAAGCACUCCACCUCCUAAAUUACAAGCGAAGAAAAUGACAGGUAACCAGAAUGGAGACAGAAGUCAGCCUCCUAAAUUACAAGCUGACAAGUUACAAGUAAAGGAAGUGGAGCCACAUGGAACACAUUCUUUUGAUUGGUGCUGGAGUGACAAGAAACCCACAACUAUCACCUGUGAUAAAGCAGGAACUGUUGAGGAUGUGCUGAAGAGAAGUUCACAGUUUAGAGAAAUUGCAGAAAAGAACAAAAACAAAGAGCUUGUUAUUAUAAGAGAUGGGAGAGCUAUCAGUUCACACUUUCCAUGCCGUCUAAUUAAAAAAAAACGCUUGACUGUCAGAUAUGUUAAAGCUAAAGACAAGGCAGUGGCUAGUGGCUCUGGUCUUCCUCAAAGAAAGAGGCCGUCUGGUGAGCUUGUGAGGUUUCAUGUCCUAACAAAGGGAGGUAAAAAAGUAAUGAAACUCAUGAGAAACCCGGCACUACAAAAAGAAAUUCAAGAAAUUACUGUUUAUGCAUACAAAGGGGAAAAGGUGAAGCAAGCUCUGAGGAGAGAUGGUCGUUUUUUAAAGACUAUAUUUACAAAGAACUGUGCGCUCUCUCACAAAAGCACCGAGGUAAACACGGAGAUGUCCAACCUCGUUGAUGAUCUUGAUGGUAAAACUUUCAAGAUCAUACUGCUCAAUCAGUCUAGUCCACCAGAAAGUCAGCCUGGCAGUCUUGAUGAUGCUUACAUGGUGCAAAAUGAAUCUCCGAGAUCUGAUUCUGAUGAAAACCGAGAUCCUCAACAGCAGUCAAUCACAACUGAGUCAAUGAAUGACAAUAAACCAAAAGGGAAACCAGAGCUGAAUGAUGUCGUGGCCACAUUCAAAAUAAUACAUGAAAUACCUAAUUCAAAAACGUUGCGGUGUAACCUGUCUUCUAAGUUUAAAGAUGUCGUGAACAGCAUGAAAAAUCAGCGUGUUUCUAAGCGUUCUCGUAUUCAAAAUCUCUUCCAUGUUGAGUAUGGAAAGAAUGCUCUGACAUGCAAUGAAGUGAAAACAAUGAAGAAACUGAUGCAGCUGAGUGGCUCAGUGUGUCAGGUGAGAAUAAAUGGGAGGCCUGGUGGAAGUGGCUUUCUCCUGUUUGACAAGUUUGUCCUCACAAACGGCCAUGUCGUUAAAGACAUUUAUAAUGAGAGUACAGGGCAACUUGUGCAGAGGGUAACUGUCCAUUUCUCUUUUGAAAGUCUAGACCAGAUGGAGGGAGAGCAAGAGUCAGGAGCAAAUGUAGUGGAGGAAAUGGUUGGUGGUCAAUACUGUCGUGAUGUCUCAGGGCACAUGCAUGACUGGGCUUUGUUGAGGCUCCGUGCUGAUCAGACUUUGCCUGAUGGACUGUUACCACACUUUGGAUUCCUUCCCCAAAGUGGUGGAAUUUGCAUAAUUGGGCAUCCUGAUGAAGGUGUGAAAAGGAUUGAUCCAUGUGUUAUUGUUCCAUCUGAUAAGCACAGCCAGACUGUGGAGAGGCAUUACCAUGAAAAUCCAGGCGGCGUUCUGGUUGAAAACAGUUAUUACAGUGAAAGUCAAGAGACCAUUCAGAUGGUCACUCGCAAUUUCUUCGGGAAUGUGGCAGAAUCUGUAAAACAUAACAGACAGGUUCUAACUUACGAGACUUGUUUUUACUUUGGCUCAUCUGGUUCUCCUGUCUUUGAUAAGUACUGCCAUGUUGUUGCAAUGCAUACUGGAGGGUAUCACUACCACAGUCCAAGGGGUGAACCCAAUAGUGUCAUAGAGUAUGGCCAUCCUUUGUUUAUCAUUAUGGAGCAGAUCAUUGUCCAGAUGGUAGAGAGAGGAAGACUUGAUGUGUUGAAGGCGUACCUUGCCUGUGAUUAUGAUCAACACCAAAACAUGAUGACCAAUGUGAAGAAACUGGUCGAAAGCAGAAAUCUCACAGCAUUUAAAAAUGCCGUCAACAACUCAGCGGUUGCAGGUGAUGAGAAACUCAAGACGUUCUUUGAGUUCUUCUGUCAGACAGAGGACCCUGUCCCAAUGGACACAAACAGUAACUAAGCUGCAGACUAAAGAUACAGUGAGAGCAAUUUCAGUGCUGAACAACAAGGGCUAUUACUUGUUUUUGCAUCUAUCAGGAUACAUUUUUAAUUAAACACCAAAGGAAUACAGGGAGGGAUGUUAUUAAAAAUUGGUGUUUUCAGUGUUUUAAAUAAUCAUAUUCAGUGAAACAUGUUUUCUUCAUACUCAUUUUUAGCCACGUUUGCAUCUCUAAAUACCUGUUUUUGUUUGGUUGAUUUUUAUUUACUGUAUUUUGCCUCAGUUUUUCUUUAUCCAUAAAUAAUUCUUAUGUUUUUUAAUUCUGUGCUUGCUCAUAGCAAAUGUGAUGAUUUUGAAGAAACUAAGAUGAUCUGGUUGGAUUUCUUAGCUCAGCUGAUAAAUCAACCGGCCAAUAUUAAAGGCCAAUAAUUUUAUUUCAUUUUUAUUCAAAUAUAUUGAUGUUGGGAUAUAUGUUUAUUGUCAUAUAAUUAAGAAGAAUUGCAGUACGAAAAUGCCAAAGACAUUUUUAAAGCAAUUUAGGAACCAGGUCUUCAUCACAUAGUUUUUCCAUCAGAGAGGACUCACUGUAAAGUGUCUGGUUCAUUAUGUUUCCUCUAAGAUACUCUGAUUUCCUUUAUUUUAUGGAAUCUUUUUUAUGCCUGAUGAUGAAACUUAACAUUUUCAUGUGUUGUUUGCAGAUAAAUGAUCAAUUCAAAUCAAAAUCAAAAAAUCAAAUUCAAAAUCAUCGUCUGAUGCAAGAGCUGAACUGUUAAAAUGAAAAACUUUUAUGCAUGGACAAGACUUCUUGAACAGGAUAGUUGUUGAUCAAGCUUACAGUACAUUCCAGUAUGUGAUAUACAGUCAUUUUAUGUGCUUUAUCAUGAACUGUUAUUUUUAUACUGUUCUUUGCUUUCUGAAUAAAUUUCAUACUUUGAAA